AUGGAAAUCAAGGAGCAGAGACCCUCGGACGAGGCACGGCACUUCCUCCCCUCGGCCCAAGCAGACAGCCUGGGAGAGCCACAGUUCACCAGUAUUCAGAGAAUUGCCAACGAGCCAAAGCUGGAGUUCAGUCUCGCAUGCAAGGACCUGGUGGCUGCCACCCGUGAUCGGAAGCUGAGCACGUUUGUCCAGGUCUCGGUGGUGCACCCAGCAGAGCACGUUUUGACGCGGUACUCGAGCACUGAAAUCGUGGAGGGUACAAGAGAUCCACUGUUUUUGACUGGAGUGACAUUCCCACCGGAAUAUCCCAUCUAUGAGGAGACUAAAAUAAAACUAACAGUCUAUGAUGUCAAAGACAAAUCUCAAGACACGGUCCAAACCAGUGUCUUACCUGAUCACAAGGAGCCAAGGGCAGAUGUUGGGCGAAGCUUCCUGGGCUGUGCGACUUUUAGGGUAGGAGAUCUGGUAAAGUCAAAGGAGCAGCAGUUAACCCUCACCCUGAGGACUUCUGAUGGUGGAAAAGCAGUUGGCACCAUUGAGGUGAACCUUGUGAAGAUGGGGGAGCUGGAGGAUGGGGACACUGACCACAUCACAGCAGAUAACCAGGAUCAGAAGUGUGCGUUGGUUCGGGAGUGUUUGGCCUCCGAAGGCAUUGGUGGGAAGGACAACCUGCCCUCGCUAAAUGCAGUGCUGAAAAACCCAGUCUGUAAGUUGUACAGAUUCCCAACUUCUGACAACAAGUGGAUGCGGAUCCGGGAGCAGAUGGCUGAGACCACUCUCUCUUUCCAUGUCCCCAGAGAGCUAAUAAAUCUGCACAUCAAGGAGGAUAUGAGAAGGAAUCAGGAACUCAAAGACCUGGGAGAACUUGCUCCUCACUGGGACAACAUGCGCAAAAGUGUUAUUGCUCACUGUGAUCAGAUGCUGAGCAUGUACCAGGACACUCUGGCAGAGCUUGGGAAGCAUUCAGGUUCUUCCUUCAAAUCAAGUUGUAGCAAAGCAGAAAAGACACUAGAAUUCAUCCCAAUAAAUCUUCAUCUGCAAAGAAUGCAUGUGCGCAGUCCUCGAUUGAAAG